AUGGCGACGAACAUGAACACAUUUGGCGAUGGCUUGUUUAAAGUCGGCAAUUUUGUGUCAUGUAAGACGUGUUUUGAGGAGAGAAUUUCAGGGGAAGUGAUGGCUUAUGAUAUAGGUAGCAAGAUGCUUGCUCUCAAAACACCUUCCACAAACAGUGAGAGAAAGAACACAUACGAUAUACGCAUCGUCAAUUUAAAUUUCGCCAAGGAUCCUCAAGUAGAAAAGGUUUCAUCAGACCCACAGCCUAAGUUGUCUCCACUCAACAUUCAGAAGUUAAACAAGAGAGCGGAAGACGCCAUUGCAGCGAAAAAGAAUUCUUUCAGAUUACUUAAAGAAGGCGUCAGUGUAGAGGCCCAACAUUUAUUCCAAACUAUCAGGAAAACACUCCCAUGUGAAUGGCAAGGUGUAUGCAUAGUAACCGGUGAUGUAACGGUCCAUCCACCCUAUGGCACAGAAGACUGCAAAGGCAAGGAGAGUGCUCUAGCUCAUAUUAAAAAAAUUAUUGAAAAGUUUUACAAAGAUCAACAAUCGAGCAGUACCUGAGAUACGACGUCCCAUCUUUGUUCUACAUCUUUAGACUCCUCUUUAUCCCCUUCUUCAUCCUCAAAGAGUCCCCAAGACAAGGGAGCCACCAUCCUCAAAGGGUCUCUAAGACUGGGAAAAACCAGCUGGUAUAUCAAGGGGAUGAGUAGACUUGUGGACAAGUCGUUAAUGGUCCCACGCGAUAAAAUAGUCCAGUUGUGAGGUUGCUCUCGCAAAAUCACUGUUGCGCGAACACCAGUAGGUUGCGGGGCCAGCAGUCUCGCGAGAAUAUUGCGGGGAGAAUUGGAAUGCUAUCACCCCGAUAGACAUUUUACGACUUGUCCACAAGUCCAGGGGAUGGGGGUCCUGGGUUUUGCUGCAGUGCAAGUUAUUUACACUUGCCAUAACUUCAUAUUUAUAAAAAUAUACACAGCUUUAGGACCAAUCCCUUUCCACACACCUCAUUCAACUUUCUAAAAACUCAUCGACUGAAAUCGUCUUUUUUUUCUUUUUUUCGGACACUUUUCUUUGGAAAUGUUUUGAUUUUUAGUUGAAAAGAUUCAAGAUUCAUGAGAUUUGUUGUUAUUUUUUGCUUUGUGAUGAACCAUGUACUGUUGAUGGUUUUGUUUGCUGGAGUAUUGCUUCGAUACAAAAAGGGUUAAACUGAUGAAAACUUAAGAAAAGUUACUUGAGUUCUAUCCUUUCUGUUUUGAGUUCGUUUUAGUUUAUGUUCUCCAAUGUUAUUUGUCUUCAAUGUGGGUUAUUGUGUUGGCUUUAUAGUCAACUGUUAUAAAUUUGUUUGUGCACAUUGUUUGUGGUGUUUUUUACAUUUUUCCAAAGUGGAAAGAUGAGAAAGCAACCUUUAAGUUUCUUUUUUAUAAGUCAACUAUUUAGGGACAUGUUAAGACCGAGAAACGUUUUACAACUCAAAUUAUUUGAGGAGAAAUGAGUUUCAAGGAAGCUC